AUGAAGGAGAAAGAUUGGAAUGAUGACAACCUUACCAUGACCAUCGUUUCUCAGCACUGUUUUGGCGAUGAUUCUGAAGCGCCAAGCUUCUCCAUCUCCAUCAUCGAGAACAUGAAGGACGAAUAUGGCCUAUUCUUGUGGCCCUGCAACGUAGUUCUCACCGAGUAUGUUUGGCAGCACAAUCAUCGAUUUUCAGAAGCCAGCGUUGUUGAGCUAGGUGCUAGAACUUCCUUGCCUGGCUUGGUUGCAGCAAAACUCGAUGCCUGUGUCACUCUUACCGAUGACUUCACCAGAUUAGGGGUGUUGGGAUUGACAUAG